UUAUCUGAUUGUACUUUUUUUUUUUCAUUUGUCAAAUUUGCUUUCAUUUUGAUUCGCUGAUAAAUCGCCUUCUUUGGGAAUUAACUUUGGGAUUUGAAUUUGCGUCUGGGAUUUAGAAUUGGGGAAUUGGGAAAAUUUUCUGAUGGACCUUUGAGCUUUUUUUUUUUUUGGUUAAUCGAAUGAUUUUGUUUGGUUGAGUGUGCGAGGGGACCAUUGUUCGUUCAUUUUCCUUUUUAAUUAUACGUGUGAAGUCAUGUUUAGGGGUUAAAUUUGGUAUUCUCAAAUGGUGUUGAGGUAGUGGCUUGAUUGUCAUUUGGCUAAUUGGGAAAUGCUACUGAAUUGUAUUUCACUAGUGCCAGAAAUGGUUGAGUGCAUUUUCUUCAUGAAUGAGAUUUACGGGAAGCAAACUUGAUACACUUGUUUGUAUUAUGAAAUGGUCUCUCAUCCCGUGGACUUGUUUGGAUAAUUGACCGGAGUGUUUAGGGAUUUUUCCCCUUUGUUUGGAUGUUAUUACACAUUUCUUUUGGUCAUUACCUGUGAUAAUGUGUGUUAGUUUCUGGCCCAAGAACUGAACGGGAAAUGCUUAAUAAAUUUUAACGAUUCCCUAUAAGCAUUGGGAUGCCUUUGCUUAAACAAUAGCCUGACUGUAGUUUUUAGAUUGUGUAACCUUUGAAUACAUAUUUGCUAAAAACUGUUUAAAUGUUCAUCUGACUUUUCUUGAUCUGACAAGUGCUUGACUGAUAUGUAAACUGAAAUUUGUUGCGUACAACAGAGAAUAUAGUGCAGUGGUCCAAGCUGCAAGCAUUAGGGUGCAAGAGAAGCGGGAUGGAUGUUUAUUUACUAAAAAUUUGUAUACAUAUUGUGUUCUUAUUGUGUUAAAACGAAUAAUGAGUGUAAAAAAUUUUUAAAAAAAUUUAUAAAGCAGUAAUUGACUCUGAAGAAAACUAUUAAUCCUGGUCAAGUAUAUACAGGACAACCCCCUGUAAGUUGAGGAUGAUCUGAAAACAACCCCAUGAGAUUGCAAUUGUGAAAACAAAGUUCUGCUCACAAUCCUCUUCUGUGGAACUAGUUAUCAUCAUCAUCAGCAUCUUUUGCUGUUUUUCCUUGUUAGAGUUGAAUAUAGUAGUUUGCAACAUGUUUAUUUUACUUUUAUCCUCUGAUUUUGAAUGUUCCUCCUAAAUUUCAGAUAAAGAUGUUUUUAUUGUUUUAAAGAACUUUCUCUUUUUUGGUUCGCUUGCUAAAGUUAAAAAACCAAAAAAAAAAAAAAAAACGAACUGAUUUUGCUCCUUAAUGCUAUUGGCCUUCUGAACCCUAAGUAUUUAAAGCUUUAUUUCAUUCCCUGCUGUCAGCCGACUUCCCUUCCCUUUUCUCUGUUUCUUCUUUCAUUCCUCUCCUAAAGGACUGCCAACAGACCAAAUACGCCAUUGAUUCCCUCACGACUCACAAGUGGAUCCAGUGAUCCACUCAACUUCUUCUUUUGUUCCUUUCCUAAGGAACUGCCAACAGACCCAACACACCAGUGGAUUAUUUGAUCUAUGUGACUGUCAUCACGACUCACGAAUGGAUCUAGCAACUGUCGCUGCCCAUCACGGCAGCAUACUGACUGAGUCCAUCAAGGAAUAGAUUGCUUACAAGGAAAUGUCUCCAGCAUCAAAAUACAAGUCCAAGGACAAAAAGGCUGGCAAGGAGGGCCAGAAAGCUUCAAAGUCUACUGGGCUUUCUAAUGCAGCUAGUGGUAUACCAGCUAGUGCAUACAAUCCUCUUUCUGGAACAUUUCAUGCACUGGAAAUGGUACCAACAUCCUCUGCUUCACCUCUGCAUGCUAAUGGUCGGUACCAGAACAUAGAUGAGACAGAUGAUCACUUUGGUGGUUCACUUGGAGCUGGGGUUGAGUAUGAUUCUGUUUCAAAUAAUGGCAGCUGGUCUGGUGAGUCAGAAGAUCAUAAAGAGAAGAAUGCCAUUGUUCGGCAGGAAACAAUCCCAGGAGCUGACAAUGACAAAAGGGAAAAAAUCCGUCAAAAGAAUGAAAGGAAGCAUCAGCGUCAAAAAGAGAGAAGAGCCCAGGAAUUGCAUGAUCGGUGCAGUGGUUAUCUCAUGUCAAGAAAGCUAGAAGCGCUUGCUCAAAAGCUUGUUGUGAUGGGAUUUUCGCAUGAGCGGGCUACAGUGGCUCUAAUAUUAAAUGAAGGUAAAGUAGAAGAAUCUGUUUCAUGGCUAUUUGAAGGGGGUGAAGAUGCAGACAAGCACCAGGAUCAAAACAUUGGUGGGGCUAAUUUGAAAAUUGACAUAUCGGAAGAGCUUGCUCGAAUGACUGAUAUGGAAAUAAGAUACAAGUGCAACAGGCAGGAGGUUGAAAGGGCUGUGGUUGCCGCUGAAGGUGAUCUUGAUAAGGCAGCAGAAAGUUUAAGAGAACUGAAGCUAGAUCCACCUACUGGUCCCCCAAAGCCAGAAGAAACUGGUGAUCCUCCAACAGUCAGUAACGGUAAGCUUUCAGUUUCAGUAAGCCCGAAUAUGGUGGGACAACAACAGAAACCCAAUCCACCUUCUAUAAUACCACAAAAAAGGGAUGACAAAGAUUUUAAUUACACAAAGACAGUGGUUUCAGUAGCAGGAUCUCCAGAAUCUGGGAGUAAAAAUCUGCAGUCUCUAAAGAGAUUGCAACCAAAGUUGGAGUGGGCAAAACCUCAGCAAACUGCAGUGCCUGCUGAGAAACGAUGGCCAAGUGCAGCAUCAAGUCCGCCUGUUUCUUAUCCUUUGGCAUCACCUUUGCAAGCCUCAACUUUGCCAGCCAAGACAGAAGCACGUUUUGUGGCUGUUGGAAGUGAAUAUAAGAAAGUUCACCUAGGGACGGUUAGGGAACCGGUCAUCAUGAUGCAAAGACCUCAAUCUCUGAAUGCAAAGCAGGUUCCAGCUACAAGCAUAAGUUCCCCUUCUGGGACAGCUGCCAGUUGGCAUCCUUCUAAUAGUGUUGAUAUUGUGAAAUCCAAUGGCUUGAUGCCUCAUAUUCCCAGCACAAGAAACCUCAGUCCAAACAAUCUGAAUUCAAAUCAGAUGUUCCAUCAACUUCAUUAUCAACAACAGCAACACUUCGUUCCAGGCAGUGGUCCUGGGGAUUCUCCUGGAACCAGCCGAGGAAAUGGCUUGUGGAAUAGAUUAGGUGUAUCGCCUACACUUGCUGCUGCUUCAUCUCUUGGACUCUUCUCUGGGUUGGGUGGCCCUGCUGGUUCAUCAGGUGCAUCUUCUCCAGUUGACUGGAGUACUGCUGGCUCUAUGACCCAGUUAGAUUACACCAGCAUAGACUGGAGUUUGGAUCGAAAUAUUUCCUUUCCAAGGCCUAGUGGAUUGUGUUUGGGGCCAUGUUCUUUAAAAAAUGGCACCCAGAUAUAUGAUUCAAGUGCUACUAGCACGGGUGCUAAGCUGGCAAUGAAAACAGCAGCAAAUGGGAAUGGUGUACGCAUUCCAGGAUUGCAGGAGGGUGGAGUGGUCACAGAAACAUCUGCAGCUAAUUCUCAUGAAUGGACAUCCCCAUUUGAAGGGAAAGAUCUCUUUAGUUUACCUAGACAGUUUGUUUCAUCUCCCUCACUCUAGGGUGGGGGGCAUGAUUUCAAUGAAUAAAAUGAAAAAAAGAAAAAGACUAGAAAAAUAUGUUGAAUUUGA